AUGUCAGACAACAGUGACAGCCAGAACAAGUCAGAGGAGCAGAUGAAUAUCAGUGAGGGCACUAGUCCCUCAAACAGUAGCUAUGAUGAGGGUAACAGAAGCACCCCAAGCAAUCUGUCUAAGGCUGCAACUAGGCAGAGGAAGAAGAGAACCUUAGAAUCUGAAGAUGAGGACUUUGUGGUUGAUGAGGAGGUCACCUCAAAGAAGAAAAUGCUCAAGAAAGAGCAAGCUGCUACUGCUUCCAUCAAGCCUGGCAUGCACAAGAAGGCUCCUUCCCAAAGGAAGCCCAUGUCCAAAGCUAGAGCCUCCACUCUUGAAACCAUGAAAUCAACAGAGGAAGAGGUUGCUGGAGGUAAGGAAAGGAAGGAAAGGGUCAAGAAGAGCAUGGCUAGAGUGAUUGCAAAACCUUCCAUGAUGAGGGAAUCUGAUGAGGAUGAUGAGGAAGAGGAAGAGCCAGUGCCCAAGUCUCAGAAACUCAUGGGGGAUGCCAUCAAGUCUGGGGCUGCCUCAUCUAAGCCCAAAACAUCUACCAAGCCAUCUGCUCAAGCUCAAGCCCCAAAGUCAACUGCACCCAAGAGAUCCACAAGAAACAUCCCAGCUGCUAAAAAGAACAAGGCCCUAGUGCCUGAAGUUCAAGAGGAUGAGGAGCACCAAGUGCUCAAAAAGCUUAAACCAAAGAUUCUAGAUCAUGAUGACAAUCAUCCAGUUGCAGAGAAUAUGAAAGUGAGAAAUGAUGUAGGUCUUAGACUGUGGAGACAAGCAGACCCAUGUGCUGUGAGGAGAAGGACUAUUGUGGACUAA